AUGUUCUCAAACAACGAUGAAGCUGUGAUCAACAAAAAACUCCCCAAAGAGCUGCUGCUUCGAAUUUUCUCUUUCCUGGAUGUGGUCACUCUAUGUCGUUGUGCUCAAGUUUCCAGGGCAUGGAAUGUUCUGGCCCUGGAUGGCAGUAACUGGCAGCGAAUUGACCUGUUCAAUUUCCAGAGGGAUAUUGAGGGUCGAGUAGUGGAGAAUAUUUCUAAAAGAUGUGGGGGUUUCUUGCGGAAGUUGAGCCUCCGUGGCUGUCAAGGAGUGGGAGACAACGCGUUAAGGACAUUUGCACAGAAUUGCAGAAAUAUUGAAGUUCUGAACCUAAAUGGCUGCACCAAGAUCACAGAUGCUACAUGUACCAGUCUCAGUAAGUUCUGCUCUAAACUCAGGCACCUUGAUUUGGCUUCCUGCACUUCCAUAACCAACUUGUCUCUGAAAGCACUGAGCGAGGGAUGUCCACUGCUGGAACAGCUGAAUAUCUCCUGGUGCGACCAAGUGACCAAGGAUGGCAUCCAGGCCCUAGUGAGAGGUUGUGGGGGACUCAAAGCCCUGUUUCUGAGAGGCUGCACCCAGCUUGAGGAUGAAGCUCUCAAGUACAUCGGCGCACAUUGUCCCGAACUGGUGACUUUAAACCUUCAAACAUGCUUACAAAUAACAGAUGAUGGUCUCAUUACAAUAUGCAGAGGAUGCCACAAGUUACAAUCCUUGUGUGCUUCAGGCUGCUCUAACAUUACAGAUGCCAUCCUGAAUGCCCUGGGACAGAACUGCCCAAGGCUUAGAAUAUUAGAAGUUGCAAGGUGUUCUCAGCUAACAGACGUGGGCUUUACUACCCUAGCUAGGAACUGCCACGAGCUGGAAAAAAUGGACCUGGAAGAGUGCGUCCAGAUAACAGACAGUACACUAAUCCAGCUUUCCAUACACUGUCCACGGCUUCAGGUUCUGAGCUUAUCCCACUGUGAACUGAUCACGGACGACGGGAUUCGCCACUUGGGGAACGGAGCCUGUGCACACGACCGCCUGGAGGUGAUCGAGCUGGACAACUGCCCCCUUAUCACGGACGCCUCCCUGGAGCACCUGAAGAGCUGCCACAGCUUGGAGAGGAUAGAACUGUACGACUGUCAGCAGAUCACACGAGCAGGAAUCAAGAGACUCAGGACCCAUUUACCCAAUAUUAAAGUCCAUGCCUACUUCGCUCCUGUGACUCCACCUCCCUCCGUUGGGGGCAGCAGACAACGCUUCUGCAGAUGCUGCAUCAUCCUAUGACACUGGACGUGGGCAUCCUUGCAAACUGAGUAUUUAAUAACACUUGUAGAGUUACGGUGGACACCAGUAUCUUCGAGGAAAGCGAUACCAGUGUCAUUUGCAAGGGCCAGUGAAAGGGGCCUGUGGUGCCAGGCCCUGUAGCCACCCAUACACAUACGUAUACACACCCCACCAGUUGCAGCAGCCCCGUGAACUCGGGGCUGUGGGAGCUGGAGCUGCGUUGGCUUCUUCUGUAGGUGGAUUGGUCUGAUUCUGAACCAUUCCCACUGGGCAUGCUCAGCCAGAAGCAGUGCGGUGAGGAGGGUCUUGAGAACCUGCAAUGACUGAUGCUGCUGUUGAGAGUUGGAGUAGUACCUGAAAUCCUUGGAAAGGGGGAGAGGGAGAGAAAGGAAACAUGCUUUAACCAUACAUUACUGUUCAGGAAAAAAAAAAAAAACAUAAAGAAACACGUUUUGUGUCCCUUUUCAGUGAGGGAAGCCAAGGGCAGCCGGCUGGGCUGCGCUCUGCGUCCCGGGCCCUGCUGGCCGCCCUGAGCAUGUUCCCCUUGACGGUUCCUCUGUCCCUUCCGUGUCUGUAGCGGUCAGCUCAGAGGCUUCCUAGGUUGUUGUGAUACAGCUUGAAAUCUCCUAAUGUCAGCCUCAUUUUUUUUACCCUUUCCA